GGUUGGGCAUGGUGCUGCCCCUGAGGAAUUUUCCACUGAGGACACAGAAACAAUGGCGAACAAUGCUGUUUGGCUGUGAAUAAGCGUAGCAUUGUUUGGAAGUUUGAUGGCGCCCAGAGGUGGAGGAACUGGGAAGGGUCUGGAGGAGGUCAAGGUGACAGUGUCGGGCGGAUCAGCAGCCAGCCCACCGCCCUGUGUCGGGGGUGCUGAGAGCGGGGAAGCAUGGAGGAGAGGAAGCACGAGGCUGUGAACCAGGCUCACGUCCUCUUUGACCGGUUCGUCCAGGCCACCACCUGCAAGGGGACCCUCAAGGCCUUCCAAGAGCUCUGCGACCACCUGGAGCUGAAGCCCAAGGACUAUCGCUCCUUCUACCACAAGCUCAAGUCCAAACUCAACUACUGGAAGGCCAAAGCGCUCUGGGCCAAGUUGGACAAACGGGGCAGUCACAAAGACUACAAGAAGGGAAAAGCGUGCACUAACACCAAGUGUCUCAUCAUCGGGGCUGGGCCCUGUGGUCUCCGAACAGCCAUCGACUUGUCUUUAUUGGGAGCCAAGGUCGUCGUUAUCGAGAAGCGAGAUGCCUUUUCCCGCAACAAUGUCCUGCAUCUCUGGCCCUUCACCAUACACGAUCUUCGAGGUCUGGGUGCCAAAAAGUUCUAUGGCAAGUUCUGUGCCGGAGCUAUUGACCAUAUCAGUAUCCGUCAGCUCCAGCUAAUACUUUUGAAAGUAGCCUUGAUCUUGGGCAUUGAGAUCCACGUCAAUGUGGAAUUCCAAGGACUGGUACAGCCUCCCGAGGACCAAGAGAACGAACGGAUAGGUUGGCGAGCGCUGGUACACCCCAAAACGCAUCCCGUGUCCGAGUUUGAAUUUGAAGUAAUCAUCGGUGGAGAUGGCCGUAGGAACACCUUGGAAGGUUUUCGUCGAAAAGAAUUCCGUGGCAAACUAGCUAUUGCCAUUACAGCAAAUUUUAUUAAUCGAAAUACAACUGCAGAAGCCAAAGUGGAAGAGAUCAGUGGUGUGGCCUUUAUAUUCAACCAAAAGUUUUUCCAGGAAUUGCGAGAAGCCACAGGUAUUGACUUGGAGAACAUCGUUUACUACAAAGAUGACACACACUAUUUCGUUAUGACAGCCAAAAAGCAGAGUUUACUGGAGAAAGGGGUGAUACUGCAUGACUAUGCCGACACCGAACUCCUGCUGUCCCGGGAGAAUGUGGACCAGGAGGCCCUGCUGAACUAUGCCCGGGAGGCAGCAGACUUCUCCACCCAGCAGCAGCUGCCCUCUCUGGACUUCGCCAUCAACCACUAUGGGCAGCCCGACGUGGCCAUGUUUGACUUCACAUGCAUGUACGCUUCUGAGAACGCGGCCUUGGUGCGGGAGCAGAACGGGCACCAGUUACUGGUGGCCCUGGUUGGGGACAGCCUCCUAGAGCCUUUCUGGCCAAUGGGAACGGGAAUAGCCCGGGGCUUCCUAGCUGCUAUGGACUCUGCCUGGAUGGUACGAAGUUGGUCCCUAGGAGCCAGCCCGCUGGAAGUCCUGGCAGAGAGGGAAAGCAUUUACAGGUUGCUGCCUCAGACUACCCCUGAGAAUGUGAGCAAAAAUUUCAGCCAAUACAGCAUCAACCCUGUCACUAGGUAUCCCAAUAUUAACGUCAACUUCCUUCGGCCAGGCCAGGUGCGCCAUUUAUAUGAUACCGGAGAAACAAAGGAUAUUCAUCUGGAAAUGGAGAACCUAGUGAACUCCCGAACUACCCCCAAACUGACCCGCAACGAGUCUGUAGCUCGUUCAAGCAAACUGCUGGGUUGGUGCCAAAGGCAGACAGAUGGUUAUGCAGGAGUAAACGUGACAGACCUUACCAUGUCUUGGAAAAGUGGCCUGGCUCUAUGUGCAAUUAUCCACAGAUACCGCCCUGACCUGAUAGAUUUUGAUUCUUUGGAUGAGCAAAAUGUGGAGAAGAAUAACCAGCUGGCCUUUGAUAUUGCUGAGAAGGAGCUGGGCAUUUCUCCCAUCAUGACAGGCAAAGACAUGGCCUCGGUGGGGGAGCCUGACAAGCUGUCCAUGGUGAUGUACCUGACUCAGUUCUACGAGAUGUUUAAGGACUCGCUGUCCUCCAGCGACACCUUGGACCUGAACGCUGAGGAGAAAGCAGUCUUGAUUGCCAGCACCAAGUCCCCCAUCUCCUUCCUGAGCAAGCUCGGGCAGACCAUUUCUCGGAAGCGUUCUCCCAAGGAUAAGAAGGAAAAGGACUUGGACGGAGCUGGAAAGAGGAGAAAGACUAGUCAGUCAGAGGAGGAGGAGGGUUCCAGGGCCUACAGAGGAGAAAGACCAACGCUGGUGAGCACUCUGACGGACAGGAGGAUGGAUGUUGCCGUCGGGAACCAAAACAAAGUGAAGUACAUGGCAACCCAGCUACUGGCCAAAUUCGAAGAGAAUGCCCCUGCCCAGUCCACUGGCAUAAGGAGGCAGCCGACACAAGAGCGUGGGGUCAGCCAGCCGUCCUGCCGCCUGCCUGAGCAGGGCCGCCUUGCUCCCGUCCCCCAGUGGAAACAGCGACGAGAAAAGGAACGUUCUCGGACCUGCCCCAAAAAAGUGAUCACACUGUCUCCUCUCCCUACUCCACUUCCCAACCGGGCGCGCAGUGGCCAGCAGAGAUACGGGGAUCUUGAUGCUGACACCCGUGGCAAGCAGAGUCCCCGCCAUGAGAGGCCAGAGCCUGAGCCUUCUCGCGGAUUUUUUGUUGACCAGUGGGAGCUUUCUCUUAGUCUCCGUUCCUCCAACCGCCCCGCCUCUCCCUCCUCAGACUCACUCCGACAGAAGUAUAUAAAGAUGUACACGGGCGGAGUGAGCUCAUUGGCUGAGCAGAUAGCCAAUCAGCUGCAAAGGAAAGAGCAGCCCAAAGCCCUUCUAGACAAGAAGGAACUGGGCUCCGUGAAGAAGGAGUUCCCGCAGAACCUGGGGGGCAGCGACUCUUGCUAUUUCUGCCAGAAGCGGGUCUACGUGAUGGAGAGGCUUAGUGCCGAGGGCAAGUUCUUCCACCGGAGCUGCUUCAAGUGCCAGUACUGUGCCACCACCCUGCGCCUCUCGGCCUAUGCCUACGACAUCGAGGACGGUAAAUUCUACUGUAAACCGCACUACUGUUACCGACUCUCAGGCUACGCACAAAGGAAGAGGCCAGCAGUGGCUCCUCUGUCUGGAAAGGAAGCCAAAGGACCCCUGCAGGAUGGCCCUGGUGCAGACGCAAACGGACGGGCCCGCACCGUCGCCAGCUCAGCCGAGAGAACUUCAGGUUCCAGCGUGAAUGGCCUGGAGGAGCCCAGCAUCGCCAAGAGGCUGCGGGGCACCCCGGAGCGGAUCGAGCUGGAGAACUACCGGCGCUCCGUGAAGCGGGCGGAGGAGCUGGAGGAGGUGCCCGAGGAGACGCAGGCCGAGCACAACCUGAGCAGCGUGCUGGACAAGGGCACCGAGGAGGACGUGGCCAGCAGCAGUUCCGAGUCGGAGAUGGAGGAGGAGGAGGAAGAGGAGGAGGAGGACCAGCUGCCCCCCUCUGACCUGGGCGGAGUUCCUUGGAAGGAGGCUGUGCGGAUCCACGCCCUCCUGAAAGGAAGGAGCGAAGAGGAGCUGGAGGCCUCCAAGGACUUCGAGCCUGGGGAGGAAGAAGAGGAAGAAUAUGAAGAGGAGGAGGAGGAAGAAUACGAGGAGGAGGAGGAGGAGGAGGAAGCAUCUAGUGAAGCCGGGAACCGCGGGCUACAGCAGAUCAUAAACCCAGAGGAUCCCCUGGCGAUCCAGGCCGAUGUGCACUGGACACACAUUCGUGAGAAAGAGGAGGAGGAGAGGACGGUCCCAACCUCCGAGUCCUCCACUUCUCGAGCGCCCGACCUCCCCUCCGUACGCCGCGCGGCAGUGCAGGCCUGGCUGGAGAUGGUCUCCGGAGGUAUUCCAUUGGAUGAAGACGACCUGGAGGAAGAAGAGGACUCGGAACCAGCUGAAAUAGAAGGGGAGGCAGCAGAGGAUGGGGACCCAGGGGACACUGGUGCUGAGCUGGAUGAUGAUCAGCACUGGUCUGACGACAUCCCGUCGGACGCCGAGACGGAGCUGCGGCUGCGGCGCCAGGCUGAAGUGGAGGCAGAGCUCGAGCUGAGGGUCUCGGAAAACGAGGAGGAGGAGCCACCUGCCCUACCGAAGCGGCAGGAGCGAGGUCCCUCCCAGGCCUCCAGCCCCAUCCGGACCCCUCAGGAGCAAGCUGUUCUCUUCACCCCGGCCCACAGCCCCGUGGCAGAGGGGGCCCAAGUGCCGCUCGCCUCUGUCACCACCAAGGUAAAAUCCCCCGAGGAGCGCCUCUUCCCUGAACCUCUGCUGCCCCGGGAGAAGCCCGAAGCUGACUCCCCCGCAGAUCAGAAGGCUGCACGCUCGCCCAUCCGAUCACAGCCAGUGGCGCUGCCGGAAGCCAGGGCGCCUACCUCACCCGUCAGCUCGCGGCUCGCGUUGCCUGCGGUCCCCUCCGCCCCCUCCGCCCAGCUCCCCAUUUGCUCCCAGCCUCAGCCCUCCUCGGAGGCCACCGUCCCGUCCCCCACCGAGUCCCCCAUUCGCCUCCAGCCCAUUCCGGUGAAAACAUCCACCCCGCUGGCUCCCCUGCCCACGAAGAGCCCAGGUGACCCCAAGGACAAGCUGGGCAGCCCUCUGGUAGUGGACGAGGCUCUGAAGCGGAGCGACCUGGUGGAGGAGUUCUGGAUGAAGAGCGCCGAGAUCCGCCGCAGCCUGGGGCUCACGCCUGUCCAGCGAAGCAAGGGGCCCGAGCCCAGCUUCCCCCUGCCCGCCGUGAAGCCGCUACCCCUCAAAUCCUACUCGGAGAAGUCCCCUCAGGAUGAGGGGCCCCGUCUCCUGAAGCUUCCGCCUGUCCCCAGGAGGCUGGGCCUGCCACAGUCGGACGCUGAGCAGCUCUCCCUCCCAACUCCCAAGUCGCCGCCGGACCGAGAGCCGCGGAGCUCCCAGGAGGAGCGCAGAGACCUGUCCAGCAGCUCCGGCCUGGGCCUCCACGGCAGCUCCUCCAACAUGAAGACCUUGGGCAGCCAGAGCUUCAAUACCUCGGACUCCACCAUGCUCACCCCGCCUUCCAGCCCGCCCCCGCCCCCGCCCCCUGACGAGGAGCCCGCCACCCUCCGGAGGAAGCCCGAGCCCCGGGAGGCCGACCCCAAGGCCUCUGUCGUCCCUCCUCCCCCGCCCACCUCCAUGCGGCCCCCUCGAGAGCCUGCCCAGCCCCCCAGGGAGGAGGUGCGCAAGUCCUUCGUGGAGAGCGUGGAUGAGAUCCCCUUCGCCGACGACGUGGAGGACACGUACGACGACAGGACCGAGGACUCGAGUCUGCAGGACAAGUUCUUCACGCCCCCCUCCUGCUGGUCCCACCCGGAGAGGCCGCCCCGCCCCGCCCUGGCCAAGGAGAACGGGAGGCUGCCCGCGCUGGAGGGCAGCGUCCAGCCCCAGAAAAGAGGGCUCCCCUGGGUCUCCCCAGAAGCCAAGGAGCUGGCGGAGGAGCGCAUGCGAGCCCGGGAGAAGUCUGUGAAGAGCCAGGCGCUGAGAGACGCCAUGGCCAAGCAGCUGAGCCGCAUGCAGGAGAUGGAGGUGGCCGGCGGGGCCUCCAGGUCCCGCAGGGCGCCCUCCGUGGCCUUCCAGGGCAGAGGACUCAGGUCGGAGUCUCCCCGACGGCCGGGUCUCAGAGGCUCCGAGGAGCCCACCCUGAAGCACGAAGCCACCAGCGAGGAGGUCCUGUCGCCUCCCUCGGACUCAGGGGGCCCGGAUGGCUCUGUCACCUCCUCCGAGGGCUCCAGUGGGAAGAGCAAAAAGAGGUCAUCCCUCUUCUCUCCCCGCAGAAACAAAAAAGAGAAGAAGUCCAAAGGGGAGGGCCGGCCCCCCGAGAAGCCCAGCCCUAGCCUCCUGGAGGAGGUGGCCGCCAAGCCCAAGUCCUUAUGGAAGUCCGUGUUCUCUGGGUACAAGAAGGACAAGAAGAAGAAGGGCGACGAGAAGUCCUGCUCCAGCACGCCGUCCAGCGGUGCCACCGUGGACUCCGGCAGGCACAGGAUGUCUCCCAUCGUGAGAGCAGAGAUGCAGCUCCGGCGCCAGCUGAGUUUCUCGGAGGACUCGGACCUCUCCAGCGACGACGUCCUCGAGAGGACCUCCCAGAAGUCCAGGCGCGAGUCGAUUUAUGUACCACACGCCUUGGCGUUCAGGAGACCCCACUCAUCAAAGCCAAGAACCUACACAGAGGAGGAGCUCAGUGCCAAGCUGACCCGGCGUGUGCAGAAGGCGGCUCGGAGGCAGGCCAAGCAAGAGGAGCUCAAGCGGCUGCACCGAGCCCAGAUCAUCCAACGGCAGCUGGAGCAGGUGGAGGAAAAGCAGAGGCAGCUGGAGGAGAGAGGGGUCGCGGUGGAGAAGGCGCUCCGGGGAGAAGCAGUUGAGCCCAGUGGCGGGACUCCACGGCGUAGACCUCUCUCCUUCUGCCCUUGCUGUGUCCAGGAAGGCAUGGGCAAGAAGGAUGACCCCAAGCUGAUGCAGGAGUGGUUCAAGCUGGUGCAGGAGAAAAACGCGAUGGUGCGCUACGAGUCGGAGCUGAUGAUUUUUGCCCGGGAGCUGGAGCUGGAGGACCGGCAGAGCCGACUGCAGCAGGAGCUGCGAGAGCGCAUGGCGGUGGAAGAUCACCUGAAGAUGGAGGAGGAGCUGUCCGAGGAGAAGAAGAUCCUGAACGAGAUGCUGGAGGUGGUAGAGCAGAGGGACUCCCUGGUGGCCCUGCUGGAGGAGCAGCGGCUGCGGGAAAAAGAGGAAGACAAGGACCUGGAAGCCGCCAUGCUGUCUAAGGGCUUCAGCCUGAACUGGUCCUGAGCUCUCGCAGGUGCACCGGCUUGUGUGUUGGCAUCUGCCUGCCAGCCUUGCCCGACCCCCGGGGCUGGGGGCCAGCAUCCGAGGAGACUGGCGCCGCCUGGAGUCCACAUUCAGGGCCACGUUCUUGUGUGCUGUGGGAAAGCCCCCCGGCUACCAUGGUUACCUGAGGAGAGUACCUUCCGCCUGCUGGGAGGAGCCCACCGGGAAUUCACGCUUGAGACGGGGACGCUGCACAGCCCUGAGGGUGCUGCCUGGCGCCCCUUCCUUUGGCGGGAGCGUUUGGUGAAGAAGGAAGCUGCUCCCGCUCUUCGAAGCCCCCACAGCCACGGAGGGCGCUCUGCGGGGCAGUGCGGCUGCUGUCUGCACACUUCCUGAAGCACCACCAAAGAACGGAAAGACGCCCCGCAGAAGCAGGCCGUAGACAGCGGCCAGCAGACUGCCAAGGCCGGGCGGGGCAGUGCCCAAGCCAGCAUCGCAGGGGAAGCCGAGGGGUGGCCGCCUCCGAAUUCAUUAUGCAAGUUAGGAGGAAGCAGGAGCGGUCACCCCAGCCCCUCCCGCACAUUGGCCCGCAAGUGGCCAACGCCCCAGGCCUCUGCUCUCACUGGCCACAGCCCGAGGCCUGUGGAUUGCUGCAUUUUUGCUUUUAGUUCACAACCAUUUUGACACUGGAAAGAACUGAUUUUGAGGGCUGGGGGAGGCACUCCGCGUCAGGCCCCCUGCUGACGGGCAGUGUCGGUGUUCAGCGCUUCCCAGGGCGGGCGGUUAGCCUCCGCCCCGGAGCUCUUCCUGCGUUUGCACAUUGAAAAGCAGCUGACGACCUGGCACGAUGCUCAGCCACUUCGGACCCUUUUUUGGCAAUUAACUUAUUUUUUUAAUACUUGAAAAGAAGCAACUUCAUUUUUAUAUCCUUACUAGAGACACUGAUCACCUGGCACCUGCGCGUAGGAGUGACAGAGAGGUCCGCGCGGCGUCCCACCCAGAGUCUGAUUCAAGACUGCACGCUUGUUACAUGCCUCUAUUUAUUAGCUUCUGUGUAGCGUUGCUGACCUGGUUGACAUCAGGGAGCAGCUCGAGGCCCACUGGACCCUUGUUCACAGUUCUUCUGUCCCCUGCAGUAACUGUCACCCGCCGCACCCCCCCACCAGCCUGCCCUGCUGUGGCACUGGGCCUCUACAUCUGAGUCAUCUGUUUGUCAAAGGUGCAUCUCUGCACUGCCGGAGGGGAGCUGAAAGGCAGGGAUGCCGCUCCCUCCCUCCUUGCUGGGAUGUUUCUCUUGUUUUAGGUGCCAAGGUGCCGCCUCCCUCUGCAGGUGUGUUAAAGCUUGGGUGUAAGCCCUUCGGGCUGGCGAGACCGUGUGGGGUGGGGCCGUGGACUCCGUCUGGCCUAAGGGCCAGCCAGGCCGGAGCACAGGCAUUGGGAUUUAGGCUGCUCCAAAGCAAACGGGUGACACCAGCCCUCUCUUCCCUGCUCGUACCGGGAUCUCCUGGGGCAGCAAGGGCUAAUCAGCACCAUGUAGCCAGCUCCAUAUGCCAAACUACUCGUUCUCAUGGUUCAGCCAGAGACUAGCUGUGCACAGCUCACCCAAGCCGCUGACAGAAAACUGGGUUGGAGAGGCGUGAGUGCUUGUCUGUCCCAAGAAUCAGUGCCCCGCAGCCAGGGGUGUCAGUGCCAGGCCCACCCAACAGAGGGCACUGUGGCCGCUCUGUGGGGACGGCCCCUGCUGACCUUGGACUUCCUGUGGAACCACACCGUGCCUCAACUUGAACAUUCAUCCAACUACGAGGAGCGAAGAACUUGUCUCACUCUUCACUUUGUCUAAAAGCUGCCGUCCGUCGUUGGGAACCUAGAUGUGCUGCUGCCACCACUGCAGCUCUGACUUCCCCGCGUCCUGCUUCCCGGGAAGGCGGUCCCCGUGUGUAUUCUGCUUUCCUGGAGCGAGGGAGGAGAGUGUUCUCCAUGCCGUCCUCAAAUGCCCGUCUCCCAGGAAACAUCGGACUGGAGACAGGACCUUCCUUGCCUACUCGGUCCCCAGCCCGCAAGCCCAGCAGAGGCGCCUCUGUCCCCUUUGCUCCACUCGCCCCAGAACAGGAAAGCAGUUUCCAGGGGCCGCAGCCAUGGCGCUGCGCUUCCAGGGGCCUCACCUAGCAGAAACGCCAGCUUCCCUCGGCCCCUUGCUGCUGCCCGGUCCCGGUCACCUUGACACCGCUGCGUCUGUCCAAAGCACAUGCUGCUGCCGCAGUCACUUUCAGCGGGGCCGGAGACUGCGGAGAGGCCUCGGGAGUCCACCAGCCAGCCCGACGUCCCCCGCGCCCACCCUGCUUCAGCAGUGUUACGACUUCAGGUUCUCAGACGGCACUUUUCCUUCUCGAAGCUCCCAGGUUGUAACCACUCGUUGAACUUUAGUGCCCUGGGGAAUCGCUGCAUGAGUUUUCCAUCUCUGGAAACGCGUGCAGCUCGGGCCAGGUUUCCCUCCCAAGAAGUAAGUUUUUCCCACAAAGGAGGGAAGCAGCUAGUCCGUUGGAGGGACCCCAGACACAAGGCGGAGUGCAGUGGGACCCACAGUGGCACCCCUGGGCACCCGGCAGAAGCCGCUCCCGAGCCCCAGCCUGAGGCCCACCGGCAGCUCCACAUAAGAUCCUAACCCUGCGCAGUCCAUCCCUUCGGGCCUGUGCCCCCAGCAGCCUCCCCAAGCUGCUUUCGACCAGCAGUGGAAGGAGAGUUGGAUAGAAAGGGUCGGGCCCGGCAGCGCAGCUCAGUGGAAGCGUGUGUGCUUAGCAUGUGCCAGGCUCUGGGUUCCAGCCCAACGCUGAACACGAGAAAGGUGGUAACGUCUGAACAUCUGACCCACAAAGGAGAACGGUCCAUUUUAUGCGCAAUAAAAUUUUUAAAAGAAA